CAGUUUGAUCUUCGUACAAUGGGGAGCGAAUGUUCAGAUCAAUUAGAUCCUCUUGAAGAAGUUAUCACAAUCCUUAGCAUCGACGGUGGAGGAGUGAAAGGCAUUAUUCCCAGCGAAGUUCUUGGCUAUCUCGAAUCAAUACUCCAGGGGUUGGAGAAUGAUAAGGAUGUAAGGAUCGCAGACUAUUUUGACUUCAUUGCUGGGACAAGCACAGGAGGCCUUAUCACAGCUAUGCUUACGGCUCCUAAUUCUGAGCAACGACCUAUGUUCUCUGCAAAAGAAAUUAUUGGUUUUUAUAUGGACGAGAGUAAAAAUAUCUUUCCAAAAGAAUCUACUGAUAAGAAUAGCCAUGAUAAAGAAGCAAAGACGAAGUUCAACCUCUCACAUAUAUCCGAUCUUAUACCAGAUCUUACGGUUGCUAUCAGGAACUUUCUAGAAAGUCUGCUCAGCAGCUACCGCAGCAACAACCACGUAAACAUUCUCGAUAGCUUCGCAAGGAACAUAUUGAGUAUGAAAAAAAUUCCUGAAGCAUGCCGUAGAAAGUUUAAGGAUUUCAUACAUCCAAAAUAUGAUGGUGCCAAGCUGCAUGAGACCGUCAAGAAACGCUUGGAGAAGGAACUUGUAAUCAGUAAGACUGUCACUAAUGUGAUAAUUCCCACAUUUGACAUCAAGAGUUGUCGGCCAACCGUCUUCUCUACCUUAAAGGCAAAAAGGGACGUGUCAAUGAAUCCUCCAUUGUCAGAUGUUUGUAUUGCGACUUCCGCAGCACCGUGUUACUUGCCCCCUUACAAGUUCACAACCACCAAGGUUUUCAACUUAGUUGAUGGUGGUGUUGCAGCCAAUAAUCCUUCUUUGCUAGCUUUAUGUGAGGUAAUCAAAGAGAGAAAGGUCGAUUACAGCAAGAUUCUUCUUCUGUCCCUUGGAACUGGGGAACAAAAUGGAAAGGAUAAGCUAGAGGUUGGAGAUCCUAGCCAGUGGGGCAUCCUUAAUUGGCUAUGGAAAAAUGACAAGUGGGGCCACGUGAAGUCCUAUCCAUUGAUUGAUAUUCUGAUGACUUCAGCAGCUGAAAUGAUUGAGAUGUAUAUGUCCAGCAUCUUUCAAUCACGUGGUUUAAAAGAAAACUAUAUCCGUAUUCAGGCUGACAUGAGUUAUAUUGACGCGGCGUUGGACGACUCAGAUGAACAAAACCUGAAAUGUCUCAUGAAGAUUGGUCAAGAUCUGGUGGAAAAGAAUGAAGACAUACUUACAGAAUUCGCGAAAAGAUUGGUGGACAUUAGGAAGGCUCGCUCUUCAAACUAAGUCAGAUUCAUAGAAAUGUUAAUGCUGAUGUUCAAUACAUGAUUUCUGCUAUUGACGAUGCUAUGGAAUAUUAAAAUAAAACUGAAGUGCCAGUAUCAGCACUUCUUGCUAGGCUUGUUUGUGAGUUGCGUGGAGUGAUAUAAAUUCAUGUAAACCUUAAAAUAACUAGGAAACAAGACUCUCCUUGAGUUUCCUAUAAAAAGUCCCCAUGUGUUGUGCCCUUUUUUUUCUUUUCAUUUGGAGUGAAUUUUCUUGUGUUGUAUUUGCGUGGAUUGUUGUGUGGAGUGAGAAUUUGUAUAAUUU